AUGGAGUUGAAGAAGAAAUCAUUGAUGAGUUUAGGUUUGUUUGUUUUGCUAUUAGGAUUCAUUGCAACAAUUGAAGGUCGUUUUGAUACAAAACGAAGACCCUUGAUGAAUCUCCAUUAUAAUGGUGAUGGUGUUGGUUACAAAGUGAAAUCCACAACGACAGCAUGUUGUGACAGCUGUGUUUGCACAAAAUCAAUACCUCCUCAGUGUCGUUGUAAUGAUAUGGGAGAAACUUGUCACUCUGCUUGCAAACAAUGCAUUUGUGCACUUUCUUAUCCUCCUAUUUGUCGUUGCAUGGAUAACACUGGCUUCUGUUAUGACUCAUGUAGCAAAUCCAAAGAUCAAGAUUAG